UGAAUGCGAUGACAUGCAUCUUGAUCAAUGCUACCAACAUCUCAUCCCUGCAUAUAAGUAAGGGUCACCUUUCAUAAUGGCUUCUCUCAGCGGAUGAGUCGGUAGCGUAUCCAAAGCGCCGAUCCAAAGAUAGCGGAUUCUAAGCAGGCCGAUGACGCUGGUUACUUUUUUUGGAAGGGUACAAAUCGCUGAGGAACUCCGGUGUGGAUGGUUUUUAUAUGUUGAUAGUACGUCCAUGGAAUAUCCAGUGGAUUAAAAUGGAUAUCUAUUACACGUGCACAAUAUCCAGGACUACACGUCUUAUGGAUGUUCAUAAGACGUUUCUGGUUAUCUGGGAAGAUUCAAAGCAGGCCGAUGACGAUGGUAAGUUCUUUGGAAGGGCACAAGUUGCUGAAGAACGCAGUCUUCCACGACUGACAUUAAAUCUGGUGUCUCAUGUGCCGAGAUUUCGGCACAUGAAAAAAGCAAAAAAAAAGUAACGUGUGGACAACGUUAAUCCACAGACGCGACCGUCUUCGCGUCGCUCGUGAUCGCACUUGUCUGGCGACAAAAAAUUUCGAACUAUGAUUAUGAUCACGAUUACUUACCUUCGCAAUGGGACAGUUGGCCUCCAUGAAGGGGGAAGGUGCUUACAUUAACGUAUAAACUACGUGUUUUCUACACUGCGCGUAAGCAAUACCGUUCGAAGGUAGACAUGGAAUGAUGGGAAUGAUGGCAUGUAGUCUUGAGUCGGAGUGCCAACAUGAAAGGAAGGCUGCUGAAUAGCCGCAUUGUUUUCAUAAAAACUCAGGGCAACAGAUGUUGCCUGUCCCAGUCGCAGAGCCCACUGGUGCCCUUGCCUGAUGCCCCUCAACGGAGAGCAGAGCAUAGACGCUUAGCACGAAGACGCAAAUACGGCUCGCAUUUACAACUACUAAGAAGUCAGAACAAUGUCUCUCAAUGGUGAUUAGCUCCGAGAGUGUUGAAGAUGGCCAUCUUAGUUCCUGUUUUGGGACAGCUCUUUUCCAAUAGCGUACCUACUCUGCCUGUACGAAAAUUUCUGGAAGCUAAUUUGUUUAUUUACAGGGACGACUUGAAUAGAAGUCUAUGCUACACAACGACAGACACGCAAAAUGCGCCUACAUUUUCAGGAGUAGUAGGAUUCAACGUAGAUAAUUUCUGUAAGGCGAGCGCUACUAUGGAUGGACUAACAGCGGGCAAAGGCUCUACAGUGAGCAAAUCGUGUACCACGUCGUGUGGGGUUUCGGGACACUCGUAUGGCACCAACUUCCUUGGUCCAUGCAAGGCUCCGCAGACUUCCGGACAAGCAUGCUUCGACGACGACCAUGCGCUGUGCUUCUUGAAGCAAUGUGCAAAGAAAUACAGCGAGAUAAAAGCGCUGUCCCGUCGUAACUGGAACCUACCAGACAGCCAUUACGACGAAAUGGAUGCCUGUGCUAAAUAUCCAUGACAUGACGUUCAUCUGCUCCAGAUUACCUGGUCGUGUCGUGCUUGGUACUUCGAUUCGACUAAGUGGCUGCUGCCGCUGUCUUGUGUUCAAUAUUGCUGUUCAAUAUGUCACUCUAUAACAGAUUGAUGCUCAUUUGCCA